CUCUCGGGGGUCCUUCACAGCAACACCCUUCCAAGAUGGCAGCCAACAGUAGCAGCACGGGUAGCAAAUCCAGCAACAGCGGCGGAGGAAAACAGUCCGGUCCGUCAGCAGAACAGGUGGUCGCUACAUUUCAGAGGAUGCGUCAGGAGCAGCGUAGUAUGGCAUCUAAAGCCGCAGAGCUGGAAAUGGAGAUCAACGAGCACAGCUUAGUAAUCGACACUUUGAAGGAGGUGGAUCCCUCAAGGAAGUGCUUUCGUCUAGUAGGGGGUGUCUUGGUAGAGAGAACUGUAAAAGAAGUUCUGCCAGCCUUGGAAAACAACAAAGAACAGAUUUCCAAAAUAAUCGAGUCCAUCAACACACAGAUGCAGAGCAAAGGGCGGGAACUGACGGAGUACAGGGAGCGCUACAACAUCCGAUUGGUCGGAGAGGGAGAAGCAGAAACACAGGGCCAAUCAGCAGCAGCUUCUAGAGACAGCGAAGGAGGCGCCUCCAAAAGUGGAGCUGGGGUUCUGGUGUCGUAGUCUGCAGUAACAAAGGGGAGGGGGUGACGUUCUCUGCCGUACUGACCAUACAGUUGGAGUCACAAAAUCUGAGUUUAAAUGUGCAACAGUGUACACAGUUAUGUGUUUGGAUUUCUGCUGAUAUUGCUGCAUUUUGUAUUUCAGUUAUUUGUAACAAAGGUCUUAAAUUAGCUUUUUAGUGAAGUUGUCAUUUUAUUGCUGCAACAUUUUGGCAUACUUUGAGUAAAUAGUUCAGUCAAUGCAUUUUAGAAUGAAAGUGUCUGGUUCAAAUGGUUAACAAUAACAGUAAUUGCAUGUCUCACAUGCUUUUGCAUUUUCUAAACUUAAGAUUUUGGACUUCCGACUUUAAAAUGAGGAAACAUAAUGGUUAGAGGGAUGUCACCCUUACCAAGGCAUAGCAGGUCCUGAAAGGCAUUUUCACCACUGGAACAAGACAUACUGUAAAUGUUUCCAUGUUCCACGGUACAAAAGUUGAAGAAUUCUCCACAUAUAUGCCAUUCACAGAAAGGCUGAUGUAAACGCAGGUGAAAAUCCUGAUUUGCAGCCACUUCUCCAGAACCAGAAUUUAAUCUGAUGGAAUCCAAGUGAAAAAUGCCUGCGAGGACCUGGUUUCCACUGUCUGUGUAGUUAAAAGGACAAACGUGUUUGUUUUUGUUUAUGGUCAAUAAUUAAAGAAUGUCACCGUUGUG